AUGAUUGUAAACCUGGCUGCGCUUCUUGCUGCCUGCCUUUGCGCCGUCUCGGCCACCGACGACGGCUCGGGCUUUGGCUCUGCCAUCGACUGGCUGGCCACCUACGAUGAGGCGCUCGACAUUGCCCGUGACGACAACAAGCCGGUCAUGCUCAUCAUCCACAAGUCGUACUGUGGCGCGUGCAAGAACCUCAAGGCGCUCUUCCGCAAGGAGGCCGAGGACGCAGCGAGUGCCGGUGGUGCCGAGCCGGGAUCGGUGACUGCGCUGGCCGAGUCGUUCGCUAUGCUCAACCUUGGCGAUGACGAUGAGCCGCAGGACGAGAUCUUCCGCCCGGACGGAGGCUACAUCCCGCGCGUGCUCUUUGUCACUCCCUCCGGCACUGUCCUCUCCCAGGUCAUCAACGAGGGCGGGAACCCCAAGUACAAGUACUACUACCCGACUAUGGACCAGCUCGCCGCCUCGAUGGCCAAGGUCCUCGACAUGGAUCUUGAUCAGGCCGAGAUCGAGGCCAAGGAGAAGCUUGAGCUGUAGUCAGCCACCGACAGCACUUUGCUAGUUUCGUAAGGUAAAGACGUUACGCAUCGCCA